UGCUGGAAAAUGUAAGGGACAACGGUCUUCGAUGAGUUCUAACACGACGCUACUCAAGUUCCUGCUUCAGAACCCCUCCUCUAUCAAAUCGAAAUCGCAAGCGAAACAACUCCAUGCCCAGAUCAUCAAGAGUAAAGGAAUUCAUUCGUCUCUCAUGGAUACUAUCAUUUCUAUCUACUCAAAUCUGGGCCUUCUACAGGACACCCUCCUGAUCUUCAACCUGCUUCCCUCACCUUCUAUUGUUGCUUGGAAGUCUAUCAUUAGGUGCUAUACUUCUCAUGGGCUUUUCCUUCAAUCUCUGCUCUCUUUCGUCGAUAUGAGAUCUUCGGGCAAGUGCCCAGAUCACAACAUCUUCCCUUCUCUUCUCAAAUCCUGUGCCUCCUUGAUGAAUUUGAAGCUGGGCGAAUCAAUUCAUGGCUGUAUCAUUCGUCUUGGUUUGGAUUUUGAUCUUUACACCGGCAAUGCGCUAAUGAACAUGUACUGCAAGCUGCAGAGCCUUGGCGAAGUUGGUGCACCCAAAUCUCAAGCUGCGUUAUCUUAUAAGAUUCUCGAAAGAAGUUGUGGUAAUUCAAUCAAUUUUAAUAAGCCCAUCAGUGGAACUUGUGAUGGGACGAGGAAAGUGAUUGUGGAGCAGAGUUCUCAUAUAAAAAAUUCUGAAUUGAUUUACGAGUUCAAUAAAAAGAAUGUGGGUGUUGUUGAUACUAAGGUUAUUUUAGUUCCAACAAAAACAACUGGACUUCCUCAAAGAAGUAAGAACGAGGAAACAGCUUUUAUGAAGAGUGUGCGGAAAGUGUUUGAUGGGAUGCCCAAGAGGGAUGUCGUCUCCUGGAAUACUGUAAUUGCUGGACUUGCACAGAAUGGGAUCUAUGAAGAAGCUUUAAUGAUGGUUACGAAGAUGGGAGAUACUGGUUUGAAACCCGACUCCUUCACUUUAUCUAGUGUCCUUCCUAUAUUUGCUGAAUACGUAGAUGUUUCUAAAGGAAAGGAGAUCCAUGGCUAUGCCCUAAGACAGGGGUUGGAUACAGAUGUUUUCAUUGGAAGUAGCUUGAUUGACAUGUAUGCUAAGUGCACUAGGGUGGAAAAUUCGCGUUGGGUGUUUUUUCUUUUACCACAACGUGAUGCGAUCUCAUGGAAUUCUGUCAUAGCAGGAUGUGUUCAGAAUGGAUUGUUUGAUGAAGGACUCCAGUUGUUUCGUCAUAUGUUGAUGGCCAAUAUAAAACCUCGGCAUGUCACCUUCUCAAGUAUCAUGCCUGCUUGUGCUCACUUGACAACUCUACAUCUGGGGAAGCAGCUCCAUGGGUACAUAAUUAGGAGUUGGUUUGAUGAUAAUCUGUUUAUUGGUAGCUCUCUCGUGGAUAUGUAUGCCAAAUGCGGUAACAUACGCAGCGCUCGUUGGAUCUUUGAUAAGAUGGAAUCACCUGAUAUGGUAUCAUGGACAGCCAUGAUCAUGGGAUACGCUUUGCAUGGGUGUGCCCAUGAUUCCCUCUCCUUGUUCCAGCAGAUGGAGAUGGAGAGUGUAAGACCCAAUUAUGUUGCAUUUGUGGCUGUUUUAACUGCUUGUAGUCAUGGCGGAUUGAUAGAUAAAGCUUUGAUUCUUUUUAACAGUAUGAUACAAGAUUAUAGCAUUUCUCCAGGAAUAGAGCACUAUGCUGCUGUUGCAGACCUCCUUGGGCGGGCAGGAAGGUUGGAGGAAGCCUAUGAAUUCAUCUCUAACAUGCAUAUAGAACCAACAGGGAGUGUUUGGGCAACUUUGCUGGCUGCUUGUAGAGUCCACAAGAAAGUUGAACUGGCAGAAAAGGUGGCCUCCAAAAUAUUUGAGCUUGACCCGCAGAACAUGGGUUCCUACGUUCUUAUGUCAAACAUAUAUGCUGCUGCCGGCAGAUGGAAUGAUGCAGCGAAACUGAGGAUAACUAUGAAAGGUAAGGGGAUGAAAAAGAAACCAGCCUGCAGCUGGAUAGAAGUCAAGAACAAGCUACAUGCUUUCGUGGCUGGAGACAAUUCUCACCCAUAUUACGAUAGGAUAAAUGAAGCUCUGAAAGUUCUGUUGGAGCAAAUGGAGCGAGAAGGGUAUGUUCCCAACACAGAUGAUGUACUUCAUGAUGUUGAAGAGGAGCAAAAGAGAUACAUAUUGUGUAGCCAUAGUGAGAGGCUUGCUAUAGGAUUUGGUAUCAUAAGCACCCCUCCUGGAACAACUAUCCGAGUCACAAAAAACCUUCGAGUCUGCGUGGAUUGCCACACGGCAACAAAGUUUAUAUCAAAGAUUGUUGGGAGAGAGAUAGUUGUGAGGGAUGUUUCCCGAUUUCACCACUUCAAAGAUGGGAAGUGUUCCUGUAGCGACUACUGGUGAAUCAGGAAAGUGAAAUCAUAAGUGUUGAAACCUGAUGCUUCAUCAUUAAGCUCAAAC